AUGAUAACUCUCCGCGAGGUCGAGGUGGCACAAGACGUGCACGUCGCCCCUGAGGUGGAGGAGUGGGUGAACCCACUGUUCGCCACAGCCGCGGAGGAUGAGGAGGCGGCAAAGGCUGCGGAUGCUGAGGAUGCCAGGGACCUGGAGGAGGAGGAGGAGGAGGAGGAGGAGGAGGAGGAGGAGGAGGAGGAGGAGGAGGAGGAGGAGGAGGAGGAGGAGGAGGAGGAGGAGGAGGAGGAGGAGGAGGAGGAGGAGGAGGAGGAGGACGACGACGACGACGACGACGAUGUGGAUGACGAGGAAGAGGAGGCGGAGGGUGGGCUGGAGGAGGACGCGAACGCUAAGUGCUUGAUGGAAUCUAACAUGACCAAGCCGUAG